CGAACCGCGGCGGGUCCACCGCCGCCCGCCCGCCCGCCAUGUCGGCUCCCGGGACCCUCAGCAAUUACUACGUGGACUCCUUCCUGGUGCCGGAGGGGGACGAGCUGGCGGCGCCCCGCUACGCCCCCGCCCCGCUGGGGCCGCCGCCGCGGCCGGCGGCGCUGGCCGAGCACCCCGAGCUGGCCCCCUGCAGCUUCCAGCCCAAGGCGCCCGUCUUCGGCCCCCCCUGGAGCCCCGCGCACCCCGCCGGCGCCAGCGGCGUCCCCGCCGUCUACCACCCCUACGCGCACCACCAGGCGCCCGUGGCACCGCCCGACGGCAGGUACAUGCGUUCGUGGCUUGAGCCUGUGCCGGGCUCCUUGUCUUUCCCCGGGUUACCUACCAGCAGGCAUUACGGCAUUAAACCUGAACCGCUGGCGGCCAGGAGGGCUGACUGUACCACGUUUGACACUCACACUUUGUCUCUCUCUGAUUAUGCUUGUGGUUCUCCUCCAGUUGAUAGGGAUAAGCAAAGCCACGAAGGCGCAUUCUCUGAAAGCAAUGGAGAAAGUGAGGCAAACGGAGAGAAACCGCAGAUCGAUCCAAAUAAUCCAGCUGCAAACUGGCUCCACGCAAGGUCCACCAGGAAAAAGCGAUGCCCUUACACCAAGCAUCAGACACUGGAACUGGAGAAGGAGUUUCUGUUCAAUAUGUAUCUCACUAGGGACCGUAGAUACGAGGUGGCCAGACUCCUCAAUUUAACAGAGAGACAAGUGAAAAUCUGGUUUCAGAACAGGAGGAUGAAAAUGAAGAAAAUCAACAAAGAUCGAGCGAAGGACGAAUGAUGGCGACACGUGGGUUAAAAUGAAAAUGCGUAAAGUAAAAGAAAAAAAAAAGAAAAAGUUAAAACAAACAAAAAAAAUAUUAUCCCCUCAAGCCCUGCCAUGCAAUGCGUCUGGGUCCAGGCCUCAUUUUUCCUUUGGCAAAUUCUGAUUAUGAUUGUACAAUGAUAGCCACAGAGGCCAGAUUGCCAGGAGAGGUACAGUAAGACUUUUAAUUUUCUAAUAGGAAAGAAAAAGGGGGCAUUAGCACGAAAAGGCUGUCUAACUGGCUUGUAUAA